CUAAUAGCGCGUAAGCCAAAGUGCCUAGCAUAGUGUCUGACGCAAAGUAGAAGCUCGAUAAACAUUUGUUGAAUUAAUAAAAGAAACAAAAAACAAAGGGAAAGAAUAGAGACAGACAGAAAAAGAAAAUCUGGGCUUAUUUAAAUAAGGGUACUGAAGUUUUCCAAGUCAUUGGGCACCAUGCCAUUCAUCUCCCUUAGCUUAUGAAUCUUCUAUAGGAAAUGUAUUGAGGCAUAUAGACUUCUCCUGAAUUAAAAAAAAAAAAAAUACAAAAAACAAGACAUUUAGCAGAACUUUCAAAAUUGAUCCUAGAAGGAAUAGCUCACCUUUUUUUAAGCAGAGGCUUUCAUUGACCAGGUUUCCCUUCUCGUUGACAUCUAUUUUCAUCCAGCUAUGGAGGUAUUUCCUGCCUUUCUUGACCAUUGCCCUGAAGCCUUGUUUCUUGAGAAAGAGAGAGGCAUUCUCCACCUCAAGGAACCCUCCCUCCUCGUAACAGGUCCAUCGGGGUGCCUGGGAGCACUGGGUGAAGAUGGCUGCACGGGAAGGGCCACGAGAGGAACUGGAGAUGCCCAGGCACAGGGUAGAUUUAAUGUGAAGGAGCUUUUCAUUCUCAGUCCACAUCCACUGCUGGUUUUGGCUGGUCUUAUUGCACGAGCCCAUGACCACUACCCUAUUUUGGAAAAGGCACUGUUGUUUCUGGACGUGGACAAUCUGAAACCCAUCUGGAAGAUGAAAAGCUUAUAAAGUACUGCAUAGCAAAUUAUAAGGCUCAUUAGAAAACAAAAAAACCCACCCAGAAAUCAACUAAAUAAAAAUACUUGGUUUACUUAUCCUUUGCUAUCAUUUCAAGCGUAUAUUCCCAGAUUCAACAUGUAUGAUUUAAAACCCCAAGGCUGAUAAUAUAAAAUGUCAACAUGUCACACACAGUUCCCUUUCUUUUACUUUCACAUGGUUUGAGAAGAACCACACCCCCAAUGAAAUAAUGAAAGGAAGCUUAGAGAAGAAACAAAACCAUCCAUAGACUAUGGUGACAUUUUAGCUUGCUUACUUAAAUAUGCUGAAGUUCUGAAAAGCCCGCUUUCGUUUUCAACCAUUUUACUCUUUCCAUCUCACUUCCCUCCCCACUCUUAAAAAACACCCCUUUUUUGAAUCUCUAAGUGCCCAUUGCAGUAAAAAAAACUUGUAUACAAAUUGGAUUGUCUGAAUACAAUAAACCAAAUCCAAGAGAUUUUCUUUCCCCACCCCUCCAAAUGCAUCCUCCUAACUACAGGAACCAAUGAAGUUAUUAUCACAAUCUAACUUUCUUAGAGUCCUGGGGAGAAGCAUUUCUCUUUUUUGUGACAAUCUCUUUAUAGUUUUUCCACAAAUACAAAUUCAGAUAUAUUUUGAAAAUCAGCAUUUCUCGAUGUAAGAAAAUUAAACAUUCAAUUGCUAAACAUCAGUAUUAAAAAGUGAGAUAUUCAGGCUCAGCAACCAUUUUCAAUGUGCUUUUUUUUUACUCAAAUUACCCAGCUCUUCCAUGAAAAUAUUCAGCCCUUUCAAAUCACAACUUCCGAAUAAAACAUCAUAUUCUCUUACCCCCUUUAAUCGUAUUUUUUGUAUUUUCUCUCUUUAUGACAAAACGAAACUAUAGCCUGAUUGGAAAAUAUGUUACUUAGCAUGGGGAAUGCCACAGGCUGUUACAUAAGAACAAAAAUUUCUCCUCAGGGUGCUUUACCCUCUGCUGUAAAGAUGCCGUUUCUGGAACUGCCCAGGCGUUUAGAGGACAUGAAAAGGCCAUUUAUUAUUAUUAUUUUUUGGAGAGAAAUCGCAACAGUGUGGGCACAGCUGGCUCCUCUUAUUCCCCCUCCGCAUCGUUAUGUAGCUAAACUGCCAUGGAGACCUGGCUCCAUUUCUGCCUCAUUCCAGACACUUUCCAAAGGCCAGAGACUCCUGGGCUGGGGAGAAAUGCCCCAGGAAAAUAAGGAGGCAGGCCCACUCACCUGAGUUCCCGAGGAGCAAGCAGAAAAAAAAUUCCAGUCUCCAGAAGCAGAAAGAAACCGGUCACAAUGCCUUGUCUGUCUCGUUUGUUAAGAGAAUGGUUAGAGACUUUAGCCUUAACUACAAGCAAGCUGCCCUCUGGCUGCAAUCACCUCCCACACCAUAAUCAGAAGACUUGAGAAGGCAGCAGAGUAUAAAGGUGAGAAGGAGAAGCUCGGGGGUCAGGCUACUAACUUCUGACCUUGGACAAGUUGCUUAGGCUUCUGAUGCCUCACAGUCAUUAUUUGUAAAUGGAGUUUACACAUAGGUCUAUUGUAAGGAUUAAUUCCUAGUAUACCAUUAGUUCCCCACGUGCCUGUCAGUUUGUCAUACUGUGGGGGCUUGCAUGCUGCUGUGAUGCUGGAAGUUACGCCACCGGUAUUCAGAUACCAUCAGGGUCACCCAUGGAGGACAGGUUUCAGCUGAGCUUCCAGACUAAGACAGACUAGGAAGAAGGACCCCACAGUCUACUUCUGAAAAGAAUUAGCCAGUGAAAACCUUAUGAAUAGCAGCAGAACAUUGUCUGAUACAGUGCUGGAAGAUGAGCCCCCCAGGUUGGACGGCACUCAAAAAAUGACUGGGGAAGAACUGCCUCCUCAGAGUUGACCUUAAUGACGUGGAUGGAGUAAAGCUUUCAGGACCUUCAUUUGCUGAUGUGGCAUGACUCAAAAUGAGAAGAAACAGCUGCAAACAUCCAUUAAUAAUUGGAAAAUGGAAUGUACGAAGUAUGAAUCUGGGAAAAUUGGAAAUCAUCAAAAAUGGAAUGGAAAGCAUAAACAUUGAUAUCCUAGACAUUAGGGAGCUGAAAUGGACUGGUAUUGGCCAUUUUGAACCAGAUAAUCAUAUAGUCUACUAUGCUGGGAAUGACAGCUUGAAGAGGAAUAGUGUUGCAUUCAUUGUCAAAAAGAAUGUUUCAAGAUCUAUCCUGAAGUACAACGCUAUCAGUGAUAGGAUAAUAUCCACACGCCUACAAGGACCAGUUAAUACGACUAUUAUUCAAAUUUACACACCAACCACUAGGGCCAAAGAUGAAGAAAUAGAAGAUUUUUAUCAGCUGCUGCGGUCUGAAAUUGAUCGAACAUGCAAUCAAGAUGCAUUGAUAAUUACUGGCGAUUGGAAUGCGAAAGUUGGAAACAAAGAAGGAUCAGUUGUUGGAAAAUAUGUCCUUGGUGAUAGAAACAAUGCCGCAGAUCAAAUGAUAGAAUUUUGCAAGGCCAACGACUUCUUCAUUGCAAAUAUCUUCUUUCACCAACAUAAACGGGGACUAUACACAUGGACCUCGCCAGAUGGAACACACAGAAAUCAAAUUGACUACAUCUGUGGAAAGAGACGAUGGAAAAGCUCAAUAUCAUCAGUCAGAACAAAGCCAGGGACUGACGGUGGAAUAGACCAUCAAUUGCUCAUGUGCAAGUUCAAGCUGAAACUGAAGAAAAUCAGAGCAAGUCCACGAGAGCCAAAAUAUGACCUUGAGUAUAUCCCACCUGAAUUUAGAGACGAUCUGAAGAAUAGAUUUGACAUAUUGAACACUAGUGACCGAAGACCAGACGAGUUGUGGAAUGACAUCAAGGAUAUCAUCCAUGAAGAAAGCAAGAGGUCAUUGAAAAGACAGGAAAGAAAGAAAAGACCAAGACGGAUGUCAGAGGAGACUCUGAAACUUGCUCUCAAAUGCCGAGCAGCUAAAGCAAAAGGAAGAAUUGAUGAAGUAAAAGAACUGAACAGAUUUCAAAGGGCCUCUUGAGAAGACAAAGUAAACUAUUAUAAUGACAUGUGCAAAGAGCUGGAGACAGAAAACCAAAAGGGAAGAACACGCUCGGUGUUUCUCAAGCUGAAAGAACUAAAGAAAAAAAUUCAAGCCUCGAGUUGCAACAGUGAAGGAUUCUAUGGGGAAAAUAUUAAAUGACUCAGGAAGCAUCAAAAGAAGAUGGAAGGAAUACACAGAGUCAUCAUACCAAAAAGAAUUAGUUGGUGUUCAACCAUUUCAAGAAGUGGCAUAUGAUCAGGAACCAAUGGUACUGAAGGAAGAAGUCCAAGCUGCUCUGAAGGCAUUGGCGAAAAACAAGGCUCCAGGAAUUGAUGGAAUAUCAAUUGAGAUUUUUCAACAAAUGGAUGCAGCGCUGGAGGUGCUCACUCAUCUAUGCCAAGAAAUAUGGAAGACAGCUUCCUGGCCAACUGACUGGAAGAGGUUUUUGAAUGAUUUUUAGCAAAAUUUUGCUUGCGUGUGAUAUUAAUGAUAUUGUUCUAUAAUUUCCACAUUCAGUUGGAUCACUGCCUGAUCCUGUGCCAUUCUCACCAUUGUUGCCAUUUGAGCUGGUUGUUACAGCCACUGUGUCAAUCCACCUCAUUGAGGGUCUUCCUCUUUUUCCCCUCACCCUCUACUUUACCACGCAUGAUGUCAUUCCCAGGGGUUGGUCCCUCCUGAUAACACAUCCAAAGUAUGUGAGACAAAGUCCCGUCAUCCUCUCUUCUAAGGAGCAGCCUGGCUGUACUUCUUCCAAGACAGAUUUCGUUUGUUCUUCUGGUAGUCCAUGGUAUAUUCUUCACCAACGUCAUAAUUUCAAAGGCUCCAAUUCUUCUUCGGUCUUCCUUAUUCACUGUCCAGCUUUGCAUGCAUAUGAGGCGACUGAAAAUUCCAUGGCUUGGAUCAGACACACCUUAGUCUUCAAGGAGACAUCAAGUCCUCAAACUUAACAUGUUCAAAAUGGAGCUCAUUUUCUUCUCUCAUAAAUAUCACCCUGCCCAUCUGGGUUGAUGAUAUCACCAUCCACUUAACAUUCCAAUCCAGAAAUCACACUUUCCCUUCCUCUCUUACAGUCAGAAACUAAGCACUGUGGCUUCCAUGUCUGGAACACCUUUUGAACCUGUCCUGUCUUCUCAAUAUCCUCUCCCUUAGUUCAAUAUCUCAUUACUUCUUGCCUGUACCAUUGCUAUAGCUUCCUAGCCUAUUUAUUUCUCUGCUUCUCCAUGCUUUUCUCAAAUCCAAAUUCUCUAUCCUGCCACUAAUUACCUUUAUGAAAUACAAAUUGCAUUAUGUCAUUCCGCUUCAUAAACUUUUUUAUUGGCUCUCUGCUGCCUAUAUAGGAGGCCUAGUGGUGCAAUGGUUAAGCACUUGGCUGCUAACUGAAAGGUUGGCAAUUCAAACUCACCAGCUGCUCCACGGGAGAAAAGACCCUGGUGACCUGUUCCCAUAAAGACUACAGCUUAGGAAAUCUUACAGGGCAGUUCAACUUUGUCCAUAUAGGGUUGCUAGGGGUCAGAAUCAACUUGAUGGCCUACAACAACAAGAUGCCUAUAUAAUAAAGCCCCAUUUUAUUUAUUUAUUUUGCCAUAGUCAUGGAUUCUCUGCACACAACUUGUCUUUCCAGUGUCAUCUUUCACUCCGUACCAUGCCACACAUGCUCAGGCACAGCUGACUGUUCAACUUAGACAUGCCGUGUGGUUUCUUGUAUCUCUCUGCCUUUGUAUGCUGUUGCCGUGCCUGAAUUGUGUUUUUUCCUCUGUGCACCAACUCAACUGUGAGGACUCUGCUGAAAGGCUUGAAGGCAUCAUAUGAGCUUUUUUGUGAAAUAAAUAUGAUUAAAGUUGGUCUUUUCUAUAAUUUUCCCAGAUAGAAAAAGGGAGGGAAUGAAAGAAGUGACAGCAUGAAAUAGGAUUCCUUUAUUUGGAUUUUUGAGGUUAAACUGUUGGCAAAGUGCUGAAUAGGCCAACGGGAAAAAUGGGGUUCAUAGUUCUUAAGUCACAUAAGCUUAGCUCUGAUGAAAGAUGUAUGUAAGUACAGAGAAAGAAUUUGGCUGUGUUAACUACUUGAGAGAAGUCCUAUGUUAGGCUAGAUAACCAAGUAAUGCCCUCACAUUAUGAAAAGUAAAUUUGGUAUCUUACCGCUCUUUGAGUGGAUCUCUUGCCUUUUACUGUCUUGUUUGCAAAUUUGGCCCCUGUUACUAUGUUGGGACAACAAUUACGGACAGAAGCUUUGGAAAUCAAACAAGCCUGGGUUACAAUUCAGACCUGACAGCACCUAACAACUCACCUACUUUCAGGUUUUGGUAAACGACUUAACCUUUCUGAGCUUCAGUUUUCUCAUGUAUAAUACAAGGAUAGUAAAAUCUGUUUUGUGGAGUUGGAUGAAUUUACAUAUGAACUGUGCUCACCAUGUAGAUUCAAUAAAUGGAAGUGGCUAGAAAAUAUUUUCCACAGUAUGUGUGAUAAGGUCAACACUUAUAGCUACUUCCCUUCUUUCCUAAAAAGGGACGAAAGGGGCAACGCGCAACCUUCACAAGUAGUGUGAGGACUUCGGCUCCCUGGAAGUGUGCAAACACUACUUAUCAUUUUUGGACUGGCCUUCUAGUUCCAGCUUUGCAGAUUUUGGCUACUAUGUUUUCAUGGGAUAGUUCAUAUAAAAAGAGUGAGCACCCUUGUUUUAAAGGUUUUGUUUUAUUUUAGAGGAAUUCCCUUCUUCUUGAGAUUUAUCUAAAUGAAGAAAAGGAAAUUUACCUGCCAUAAAAUCUCUUCUCUUUUAUUGCAAUAUAACUAAUUUUUUAGCUUUUUUAAUUUUUUUGUGUUUAUUCUUAUUUCACAAAAAGUGAAUAACUGUAAGAAUAUUGGGAUUAUUAAAAAAAAGACCUGGCAAGUGUUUAUUUUUUUAUGAGAAAGUUGAAAAGUCAUGAGAACAUAAAGCCUGGGAAUUUCUAAAGAUACCUCCACCUCUAUAUUUUUGGAGGAAAUGAUUGUUGUCUAUUUCAAACAAUAACACUUAAUGCUAUUGAAGGUCAGUGCAUUUUUGGUAAACAACAUUUUCCUGGUAGUGUGAAGUCUAACUAUGUAUUUUGAGACAGACUUCUCAGUAUCAUUUUGAUCCGUAAAACAUCAAAAAUUCCUCUAUGAUAUCAGUAUUUUCAUCUCUAUAGAGUCUGGAUGGAAAGGAAUUUUUAAUUUAAUUUAAUGAAUUAUCGACAAUAAAAAAUGUCAAAACUUUGAUUGCAACAUUUGAAAUUAUGACUCCAAAAAAAAAAAACCAAACAAACCGAGAAACAAAAACAAACAAAUGAAGACACCCACCUCUCUAAUUUCUGAAUAAUGCAGCCAAACAGAAAAAUAAAAACCCCAACCAUGCUUCAGUGCUGGCAUUACUAAAAAAAAAAAAUCUAGAUUUCUGUAUAUCCAUCUCAUUUUCCUACAGCGAAUGUGAAAUCUGGGAAUGGCACUAACAGGUUAGGUCCAAGUAUGGUUGUGGCACUUGAAAGAACAAGGUGGGCUCUAUUCCUUUACAGACUCAGAAUGGAGAGUUCUGAACGUCAUCGGUGAAUUAACUCUGUAUGACUUUGAAGUACAUAUUUGACUUACACAAUUAGUAGAAUGACAAAUAGCCUUGGUGUUAGAGAUGGGGAGUCCUUGAGUGGUAAAAAAAAAACUACUAAACAAAAGGUUGGAGGUUGGAGUCCACCCAGAAGCACCUCAAAAGAAAGUCCUGGUGAUUUAUUUCCAAAAAACCAGCCAUUGAAAACCCUAUGGAGUACAAGUCUACUCUGACACACAUGGGGCCACUCUGAGUCGAAGUCCGCAUGUUGGCAACCAUCUUGGUUAGAUACAGAGAAGAGCGACUGUCUGUUGAGGCUUCAGCUUACUUGCCAAUUGCUCAUAUCAUUCCUAAUUGAGCUUCUUUAAAAUAUGUCAUAUACUACACACACUCUAGGGUGCUUAAGAAAUGCUUUCUGACUAACCGGAAAUCUUAGCCUCCUGUGUCCUGAUAAAACCCUGAUCUAAGAACAAGUUAGAGCGCUAGAGGCAUAUCUCUGAUCUUGUCUAUAAGAAGGAAGUAAAAUUAGAAUACAUCACAAGAUUCAAAGAUUCAAAUGUCCAAGAGAACAAAAAUCAUAAUUCAGCUUAAGCAGUGACCACAACCUCUUCUAUAACCCUUGUGGGAGAUUGGGUUUCACGUAUGCUUUGUUGAGUUUUAAUCCUAAAUAAAUACGCAACACAGACAAGUAAGUACUGUUUUCUCUGGAAAAUACAACUUAAUUGUUUCCAAAUAUUCACAUAAUUUGUAAAUAAUUACACAAUUUAGGGUGCUUUUUCUGUGUUGAUUUUAUUUUUUAAUAGAAGAGGAACAGAAUUAGUAAGGCUAUGAAUAUCCUUUGUGAAAACAUUUACAUUAUAUCUUUUCUGUCUUUUUAAUCUUAACAUUUCUAUGUCCUCUUGUAGACUACAUAUAACUGAAUUUAUUUUACCUGUUUGAUAAUUUCUGGCAUUUAACUGGCAGGUUAUUCAUCCACAUUUAGCAUGAUUAUUGGUUUAUUUGAAUUUGUUUCUACCAUCCAAUUUGGUAAAAAUAUACACUGAUUUUUCUAUGCACCUUUUUUCUUUUCUUUGUGUGUACGUGUGUUUAUUCUACCUUUUCCCACUUUUACUAGUUUGAAAGUUAUAUAUCCUAUUUCCAUUCUUUUGAUGGCCAAUCUUAAAUUUUUAACAUACAUAUUUAGCUUAAUCUAAACUUAGUCACUAUUUCUUUCCUUUUCAUGAUUAACACAGAUAUUUGAACUUUCUUCUUAUUCCUCCAUCUUAAACAUUAUUAUUAUCCAGUAUUUUAGUCCUACUUUCAUAUUUUACUUUCUUUGAUUACUAUUAUUUCUUAUAGUUGAGUCUUUUUUUUUUUGGUCUGGAUUGAAUCUCCUUCAUUCCCUACAUCUCUUGCAAUUCUUUUGUUAAGAUUCUGUUGGUGGGAAAUUCUCUCAAGUUUUGUUUGUUUGAAAAUGUCUUUCACUUUUUAUUCCUGUGUGAUAGAUUUGUUGGGAAUAAAGUUCUAGGCUGCCAGUUAUUUUCUUUCAGCCCUUUGUAGGUAUUAUUCCACCUAUUUUUGGCUUCUAUUGUUGCCAGAAGAAUGAACAAAUCUGUUUUGGAAGAAGUAGAGCCAGAAUGUUCCUUAGAAGGCAGAAUGGUGAGACUUCGUCCCACAUAUUUUGGACAUGUUAUCAGGAGGGACCAGUCCCUAGAGAAAGACAUCAUCCUUGGUAAAGCAGGGGGUCAGUGAAAAAUAGGAAGACCCUCAAUGAGAUGGAUUGACAUAUUGGCUGCAAUAAUGGUUCAAACAUAGCAACAAUUGUUAGGAUGGCACAGGACCAGGCAGUAUUUUGUUCUGUUAUGCAUAAGGUUGCUAUGAGUUGGAACCACUGGAGGGUACCUAACAACAACAACAUUGUUGCUACUGAGAAGUAUUUGCCAGUCACUAUGGCUAUGGCUGUUAAGGAAGCCCUGGUGGCGUAGUGGCUAAGUGCUAAGGCUGCUAACCAAAGGGUCGGCAGUUUGAAUCCGCCAGGCGCUCCUUGGAAACUCUAUGGGGCAGUUCUACUCUGUCCUAUAGGGUGGCUCUGAGUCGGAAUCGACUCGACGGCACUGGGUUUGGUUUUGGUUUAUGGCUGUUAACACCAUCUCUUGUUUGUGUUUUUCAGUUCCCACUGACAGCUCUAACGGUGGGUUUAUUUACUCAGUUUAAAAUUUAUUGUGUAUUUCGAAUAUGAGAGGUCAGGUCUUUUUUAAGUCUUGGAAAAUUAUUGGCCACUAUUUAUUCAAAUAUUACUUAUUUUCUUAUAUUCUCCCCCUUUUUCUUCUAAAACUUCUAUUAGACCUGUGUUGGAUAUUUUAAUUCUGUCCUGUAAAUCUCCUGACUUCUCUUUGACAUUUGUGGUUAUUUUUAUCUUCUAGAUAAUCCUCUCAGCUCUACCUUCUAAUUCCCAAAGUAUUCAGCAGUGUCUAGUCUGCUCUUAACCCUGUCAAAUGAGUUUUUUCAUAUUAAUGUCUAUGUAAUAUCAAUUUUUAAUAGUUCUCUUAGAUUAUUUAAAAAAUUUUUGAUAGUAAGUUGACCAUUUUUAAAUUUUAUAUUAUGUGCUUAAUUAUUUAAAAUUUUAUAGUCUAUGCUUGUAAUUUCUUUUAUUUGAAUUUCUUGGGGAUAUAAUUCUACUUUUUGUUGCUUCUGCCAAUUUUUUCUUGCAAUAUUUUAUUUACUUGUGUGCAUCAUAAUUUUCUCUUGUAAGCUUGCAUUUGCCUGGGCUUUUUCUAUGGGAAUUCUGUGAGUCAUAUGCUAAGAGUGUAUGCCUCCAGAAAGUUUUUUCCUUUGUUUCUGCAAAGUGCCACAGGAGUGUUACCAGCCUAGAAUGAUCUUUCAUGUUAAUUUUUCCACUUGGGGUUUCCUGGUUUUGGAAUUCUGGGGUUUUCUGGCUUUGAAUUCUCUAAGAGCCUUUUUAUUUAUCUCAUGUGAAGGCCAGACUUAAAAGAUUAACUACCAGUUUUAUUCCUAUUUUGUUACACAGCUAUAUUUUUCAAAUUCACCUUUUCACUGAAGAUAUAUAGCCUCACAGGUCCUCAUUUUAUAUAAUGUCUCGGUUCUAACACCCAGCUUUCUGCAAGAAUGAGGCGUUGACUCUAGUUCUUGUAUUGCUAUUAAAAUGCAACUUUUCAUUCUCUGGUUUAUGCCUUUUAGUCAGUUUUGACUGCUGGGGUUUCUCUUUUUUACUCUUCAAGCUCUGCUAUGCAUGCUAUUUCCUAUUUUACCGAGAAUAACUGCUUUUGUAGUGGGAGACUUUUCGGUCUGUCUACCAUAUUACGAAGUUGUAUGUGUGUAUGUACGCAUGCAUGGAUGUAUAUAUACAUAGGAUACACCUUUUAAACAUUAGUAAUUUUUCUCUACAAGAGAGGUAAGCACCAAUGAUAUAAAACUAUGCAGGAACUGUUUGUGCCUUAAUAUGCGGACAAAUUGCUAUUGUAUGUGAAUCAGUUGAGAACAAUAGGGAUUAUUUUAUUCUGCUACCUCAAGCUUGCAUUUAAAAUUUAUAGAAAUGUAUUUAUUUAAUGAGGCAUACAGUUAACUUAGUAUAUAAUUUCAUGUUCUGGUCAAAAACAUACUUUUUUUUUCAGAAUAGAUUUCAGAAAAAUUCUUUAUAUAUUAUGGCAAAAAUGAAGGAAACAACACAUUUUUUGAAGCUUACAAACUGCAGUUUUGUGAGUCUGAAUUCUCUUGGCUAGCAGCAAGAUUAUUCUACACUCAAGGGUUAUAAUUGGACAAAGGUGUCUAAGGGAAAGCCCAUGUUUCUUGAAUUCUUAUUGUCAUGGUGAAGCCCUGGUAUGGUAAUUUUGAAAAGAAAACAAACAACAACAACAACAAAAUACCUGACUAAGACCAGACUGUCAACUGUCUUAAUAAGAUGCCCUAAAAUGUAAGAGGUACUUAGGAUAGCACCUUUCAGGAAUUACACAAUUUUAUUUUUAUGAUGCAACAUACAGGAUGAGUAUUCAAGUUAAAUCCUUAGAAAAGACUGUAAGAAAAAUUUCAUCAUUAAAAAGACAAGAAAGAAAGAAAUACCAAAAUGGAUGUCAGAAGAGAUUCUGAAACUUGCUCUUGAAUGUAGAGUAGCUAAAAUGAAAGGAAGAAACAAGGAAAUAUAAGAGCUUGAACAGAAGAUUUCAAAGGGUGGCUCAGGAAGACAGAGUAUUACAAAGAAAUGUGCAAACACCUGGAGAUAGAAAACCAAAAGGGAAGAACACGCUUGGCAUUUCUCAAGCUGAAAGAACAGAAGAAAAAUUCAAGCCUUGAGUUGCAGUAUUGAAGGAUUUCAUGUGGAAAAUAUUAAGUAACAUCAAAAGAAGAUGGAAGGAAUGCACAGAGUCACUGUACCACAAAGAACUGGUCAACAUCCAGCCAUUUGAGAAGAAGGCACACAGUCAAGAACCAGCGGUAUUGAAGGAAGAGGUCCAAGCUGCACUGAAGGCACUGGUGAAAAACCAAGCUCCAGGAAAAGACAAAUACCAAUUGAGAUGUUUCAACAAACAGAGGCAGCACUGGAAGCCCUCACUGGUCUAUGCUAAGAAAUUUGGAAGACAGCUACCUGGCCAACUGACUGGACGAGUGCCAUAUUUGUACCCAUUCCAAAGAAAGGUGAUUCAACAGAAUGUGGAAAUUAUUGAACAUCAUUAAUAUCAAUAUUGUUCAAUAAUAUUGUUAAUAUCACAUGCAAGUAAAAUUUUGCUAUGAGAUCAUUCAAAAGUUGCUGCAGUGGUACAUCGACAGGAAACUGCCAGAAAUUAAAGCCAGAUUCAGAAGAGGAUGUAGAACAAGGGAUAUCAUUGCUGAUAUCAGAUGGAUCCUGGCUGAAAGCAGACAAUACCAGAAAGAUGUUUACCUGUUUUAUUGAUUAUGCAAAGGCAUUUGGCUGUGUGGAUCAUAACAAAUUAUGAAUAACAUUUCAAAGAAUGAGAAUUCCAGAAUUCCAGAACUCUUAAUUGUGCUCACUAGGAACCUAUACACAGAUCAAGGGGCAUACAUUCUAACAGAACAUGGUUUAAUUAAAGUCAGGAAAGGUGUGCGUCAGGGUUGUAGCCUUUCACCAUACUUAUUCAGUCUGAAUGCUGAGCAAAUAAUCAGAGAAGCUGGACUAUAUGAAGAAGAAUGUGGCAUCAGGACUGGAGGAAGGCUCAUUAAUGACCUGCGAUAGGCAGAUGACACAUAUUGCUGGCUUGAGGCACUUACUAAUGAGAGACUACAGCCUUCAGUAUGGAUUGCACUUCUACAUAAAGAGAACAAAAAUUUUCACAACUGAACCAGUAAGCAACAUCACGAUAAAUGGAGAAAAUAUUGAAGUUGUAAAGGGUUUCAUUUUACUUGCAUCCACAAUCAAUCCCCAUGGAAAAGCAGCAGUCAAGAAAUCAAACCAAUGCUUUGCACUGGGCAAACCUCUUUAAAGUAUUAAAAAGUAAAGACAUCGCUUUAAGGACUAAGGUACGCUUGACCCAAGCCCUGGUAUUUUCAAUUGCCUUUGAAAUGCAUUUGAAAGCUGGACAAUGAAUACGGAAGAUUGAAGAUAACUGAUGCCUUUGAAUUAUGGUGUUGGAAAGAAUAUUGAAUAUAUAGUGUACUCCCAGAAGAAUGAACAAAUCUAUCUUGGAAGUACAGCCAGAAUGCUCCUCAGAAGCAAGGAUGGCAAGACUUUGUCUCACAUAGUUUGGACGUGUUAUCAGGAGGGACCAACCCCUGCUGAAGGAUAUCAUGCUUGGUAAAGUAGAUGGUGAGGGAAAAAGAGGAAGACCCUCAAUGAGAUUGAGUGAAGCAGUGGCUGCAGCAAUGAGUUCAAGAACAACAAUGAUCGUGAGGGUGGUACAAGUGUCUCAUUCGGUUGUACACAGGGUCACUAUGAAGCAGAACCAACUUGACAGCACCUAACAACGACACCAACAACAAUUUUGUGUCUUUCUUGGAUUUCUUAUUGCGAGGAUUUCGAGAAAAUUGCUCAGUUUUUUAUAACUUCUUUCAAGUCUUUGUUCAAAUCUCACCUUCUUAAUGUGGUCUACCCUGACCACUCUAUAUAAUAUUGCAACCUACUCUUCCCCUUCUCUAUUGUCCAGCAUAUUCAAUCUGCUUAUCCUGCUCUACUUUUUUUUUUUUGAUAAUACUUACCCUUUCUAAUGUCCUAUGUUACUUAUGAAUUUAUUAUAUUUAUUGUUUUUUUCUUUCUCCCUUGACUAGAAUGUAGAAUUUUACCUAGAGCAAUAAUAUUUGUGUAUUUUGCUCACUAAUUAUCCCAAAUGAUUACAGUACCUGUCACAUAGCAGGUGCUCAAAAAAUAUUUGUUAAAUAAUUUUUUUUUUUUAAAUAUAUCUCUCUGUCUUUAAAUUGGAAUGAUAUUCAUGAUGCCUUACUUCCUCACUGGGACACAUGGAUACAAAUGACAGACUUGUAUAUAUCCCAAGUAUAUGGACUCCUCUGAAAUAAAAUCACAAUUCAUAGAAUAACACCAAUACCAAUUACCAUUUUUCAAAAGCACAAAGUGGCUUAGUCUUUAAAUGUCUCUAAGUUUCCAUUUUCAAUCUGGUAUUAAGUACAUGGCAUUUUUAUUCAUAAAAUAUCUUUUCUAUAGCAAUAGGACAUGUAUAACAUUCAGUACUUGGGCUUAAGAUCAUACCUCGUUUUUUUCUUUGAGUUUUGUAAUCAUAACAAUCACAGGGCUGUCUUCCUGCCAAACCAUCUGCCAGAAAUCAUUCACGGUGUUGAUCAUGGGGCCCUGAGUAGCAAUGAAUGCUUUCUCCUCACCACUGUAGCCCUAGUUAGAGUGAAGAGAAAAAUAUGUUGGUUUUUAAGUUCAUGCCUUGCACUGAAAGUUUAGGUGAAAGAUAUUUCAGAACAAAAUAUCUGUGCUAGUCCAAAAGCAACACAGACUAUGGCAGCCCCAUUGACUCUAGCUCCACAAUUCGCAUAACGUCUUUCCUGAAAGUCAAGUAUAUCAUUUACGGCAUAUUGUGGUAUUGAAGGUUGUAAUACUCACUCCCUGCCUGAGCACCCCAUAAGAGCACGCUAGCCACAGACUCAGAAUAAAGAAGUCAUUGGAACGGACCCCACUACGAAUGAUGGUUAUGAUGAAAACAAAACAAGCAAAAAAACUUACUAGUAACCAACUUGCCUUAACGCUAUCAGUGGUUCCCAAUUAUCUAUAGAAAUAUUUCCCAAAGUAUUAUGACAUAUAAAUUAGGCCAUCUUGAAAAAAGGGAGGUUCAGUAAAAAAAAAAAAAAUAAAUGUGGGAAACAUUGGGUUAAACAAAGUUGGACCACUUUUUUUUUAACCAAGUUAAAUCACAAACUUAAUCUACCUUGAGGAAAAAAUAAAAUCAACAGUUCCAAAUAGUAAAUCAAAUGCACAUCAGAAAUAAAAUUAUAUUUAUUUACUUACCCUAAUAUAAUUAGCAUUAAUGUAGGUGCUCAAAGAAUCAGUUACAUUUUUUGGUCUUAAACACACUCGGCUGAGGGGAUCUAAUGAAGAAAACAAGAAAGAAUAUAUUAAACAAAUUUACACACCUGUUAGCUUAUAUACUGACCAUCCAGCAUGUGUCAAUGUUUGUCACUGAUGCAUCUGUGUGUCUGUCUCUUCAUCCAUCUGUGUUUAUUGAGAGACAUUUGGACCCAUCGUGACCAACCUAGCCUUGCCCCACCACCCCAUCAGCUUAUG